AUGGUGCUGGGUCGCGGUUUGUGUGGCGUCCCCUCUUCGGACAAGCGCUGCAGCAGGAAGCAGGCCGAGCUGAUGCUGGGGCGCAACGGAAGUCUGAGCCUUGUCCCUAGAGGAGUCAACCCAGCCUAUUUGAAGAGGGCCGCCGACAAAGGUGGUGAGGCCGUGAUGCUGCAGAGGAACGAGAAGUACUCCCUGGAAGACGGCGACGUUUUCACCCUUGUCGCCAACUGCUACCCGUUCACGGUGUUGCGCUGCAGCCAGGAGAGACCCACGAAGGAGGCGCCGAUGAUAACUUCGCUCGUGGCAGCACCGAAGAGGGUCGAACCGGUGAAGGAGGGUGCGAAGCCGAGCAUUGGCAACGGCAACAAGAAAGGCCAGCCAGCGAGCGAGCAGGCCAACCAAAAGAAGUGGAAGUGUGUCGAAUGCACGUUCCUGAACGAGGCCUACACGACGUUCUGUGAUAUGUGCGAGGCCAGCAAGAAGGAGUCUCCACCUACCGCCGCACCCGCAGCUGCGGCACCCAAACCGACGCCUCCAUCAUCGCUUGGCACAAAGCGAAAGGCGCAAGAUGAUGAUGAGGAAGCGGAGGAUGCGCCCCGCCGCUCCGCGUCGCCCGAACGCAAAAGACCAAAAAUUGAUUCGGAACCAGAAGAUGAGCGACCGGUGUGUCCCUACGGCAAGGCGUGCUACAGGAAGAACCCGGCCCACUUCAAGGAGAACUCUCAUCCGUGGCUGGAGAAGAAGACGAAGUCGAUGACCACGGCGAAGAAGCCCACCGCCGUAGCCGACUACAGAGACGGACCGGCGCCCGCGAAGCCAGCCACCAAGACGGAGAAACCGCCGAAGGCCUACACGAGCGACAGCGCUGGGCCUCCCAAAGAAGACAUCAAGAAGAAGAAGAAAGAGGAGGCGCCGAAGCCGUUAGAGUACGAGUCCAAGAAGCCAAGCCCCAAAAUCCCCAAAGGAGGUGAUUGGAUGGACGAGGUACCACCACCGGCGCCGAAGAAGAUCGAGAAGCCGAAGCCCGCACAGCCCUCCACGCCUGCGCCGAGCCAGAGCAGCAGCAGCGGCAGCAAGCCCUCGUUCAGCGCGCCCGCUCAAUCGCAGACCACCGUUUCGCCGAGCGGCAAGAAGACCCUGAAGCUCAUUCCGACCAAGGUGGCUCCCGGCGCUCGCCUUGUGCUUGACUACAACAGCGACGAAGACGAGGAGGAGGAGAUAGCGCCCAAGCAAACGGGCACCAGCUCGAGUCCGCAACUCAAGCCACCACGGCCGGCCAACGUUCCAGUCAAGAAGACACCCUCCCUCCAGAGUUUGGCCGCCCUGCUCUCCCAGGACGAAAGAGGCAGCACCAGCACCAGCACCAGCGUGACUGGCAAACCAAAGAGCGGCAACACCGCGAAACAACCGGCGACCGACACCACGCAGACGGUCAGCAAGGCCCUGGCCGGCUCCCUCGCGACCGCGAAAGGCAGGCCCUUCUCUCCACCCUCAAUUUCGCGAGCGAAAAGCCUGGCUUUCCCGUCGUUCGGCACCUCGAUGUUGGACAUGCAGCCCAAGCGGGCCGCUGCAGUGAUCAGGAAGACGGCCAAGAAGUUCCUGCGUGCCAGGCCGGACAAGGACAUUCGACUCGUGCUUGUGCUGGAGGGCAAGCAGGACCCCGUCCUGGUGUUCUUUGAGGAGAAGGGCAUCCCUGAUCCCCGGUUUACGGUGGCUACGACGCCAAUAACUAAGCUGGAUAACAUUUCUGGCCACGGAGACGGAUUGGCGGCUGCGAGGCGGUGGAACGAGACCAAGAAGCUGUAUAGUACCGCCUCGGAGUGCGGUCAGGUCUAUCCCGUGCCCCUGCCCGCCGAUUCGCCUCUAUAUUCGCAGCAAGGAGUGCGUGCGGUAGUACAUUGUCGGCCGCCCAACAUGAACCCGGCCAAGCCCGACUGCUUGAACGACGAGAAGGAGGGCAAGCGCCUGCUCAAGGAGACCUACAAGCGCCUCUUCCAAUUUUUUGGUGCCACCCUUGACCUUUUGUAG